AUGUCCUCGUCGAAGCAGACCUUCCGGACCCUAAAUAAUGGAUCAAAAAUGCCCGCUUUGGGUCUUGGAACUUUUAUGUCACCCUCUGAAAAUGUGGAGAAUGCCGUGACAUGGGCAAUCGAAGCUGGAUAUCGGCACAUUGAUUGCGCUGCUUUUUAUCAAAAUGAGCCAGCUGUGGGCGCAGCUCUCAACAAAGCCAUCCAGGGUGGACUUAUUAAACGCGAAGAUAUUUUCAUUACCUCAAAAUUAUGGUGCAGCGAACAUCGAGCUAAGGAUGUUCGCCCGGCAUGCGAGGGUUCGCUCAAGAGGUUAGGAUUGAAAUAUCUGGACCUUUAUCUCGUGCACUGGCCUGUUUCGUUUAAGAUAAAACCAAAUGUUGAAUUUUCAAAGGAUGACCCUAAUUGCCUGGAAUUUGAAAACGUUCCGUUGGAAGAAACAUGGGCGGCCAUGGAGGAACUCGUUGACGCCGGACUCGUCAAAUCUAUUGGCGUUUCUAAUUUCAACAAAAACCAGAUUGAAAGAAUUCUCAAAAUGUGCCACAUAAAGCCCGUUGUUAACCAGAUCGAGGUGUCAAUCAACUGGAUGAACAGUAAAAUGGUGGAGUAUGCAACAAGCAAAGAUAUAAAAGUGACCGCCUACGCGCCUUUCGGUUCCCCUGUUUUUAUUAGAGACACACCUAUUCCAUCGCCCUUGCAAGAAGAGUACGUCAUAAAGAUUGCUCAGGCACACGGUAAAACACCAGCUCAAGUGCUCCUACGCCAUGCGUUACAACGUGGUCUUAUAGUAAUACCCGGAAGCAUAAACGCUGGACGCAUCAAACAAAAUUUCGAUGUAAGUCAAAUCUAUUCCUGA